UCGUGGAAACUGGUGGAAACGAGUAUGUAACGUCAGUUCCCCUGGCAACGUUGAAUAAAAAAAUCGAGAUGGAGUACAGGCAAAAUCAAACGCUGAACUAGCUAGCUAAUAUAGCUAACAGUUAGUAAGUAAGAUACUCGAUUCCAAGAUAACUAGCUAUUCGACUUUGCAAAUGUGUCAAAGACAAAAUAUGGCUGUAGCAAACGCAAAGCCUACUCUGAAAGAGUGCGAAGUGAAACAAUGCCUGCCACAAAUAUAUAAGGCCUUAUUGACAGCUUCAUGUCUGUCAUGUCCCAAUGACCCGAUACAGUUCCUGAAAAGCACUCUCAUGGUCUUCCAGGGACAUGAUAAUCUUCAUGAUGUUGACUGGCACAAGUUUGUUGCGGAUGCAGAACAGCGUACUGCAGCAACUUCUCUGACACUUAUGACUGUGGACACGGUCUAUAUUGACCCAGAUGACCCCAUGUUGUCCCUUUGUCUUUUCGAGAAGGCCUAUUGCUGUUACAGGAAACAUUUAACAAGCUCUUGCUUCAGGAAGUGGAAGAGGUUCACCACGCAGAGUAAGAGUGACAUAAUAGAGCUGGCUUUGAAGAUGGACAUGGCAAAGAAACGUUAUGAGAGGAAAUGCCAGCUGGUUGCACUUACCAAAUGGUCAAACUGGGUGAAAUUGCACAAGAAGAUGCAGGCCGUUGCCACGGAGAAGCUUGAGAGACUUGUAAACGCUGGCCGCCUUAAGCGCAUCAUAGCUGCAUGGUGUAAUGUUGCAAAGGACUCAAAGAGGACAAAAGAGUACUUUAAGAGGUUGGAAAUGGGGUGUAUAGAAAUUGACAACAAAGUCCACCAGAUCGGGGAAGGAUGUGACGGACUCUCAAUGCUCCCUAGCAGGCUUUUACUGAAGAUCUUUCAAUAUUUAGAGUUGCGAGACUGGCUAAAUUGUGCUGAGGUGUGUUGCACAUGGAAAGCUAUUAUCCAGUCAGGCACACUGUGGAGUCAGAUCAACUUCUCUGUGGAGAAAGACUGGAUAACAGAAAGCACAAUGAAGCAGAUUCUGCAGACUUAUCGCCCAUUUGUGAUCCAUCUUAACCUGCGUGGCUGCACCUCUCUAAAAUGGCCCAGCUUGAAAUAUAUCAGUGAGUGCAGAAAUCUCCAGGACCUUAAUUUGUCAGAGUGUCUUAAUGUUACAGAUGUGAUGCUUCAGGAAAUUGUCGAGGGCUGUCCCUGCCUGCUGUACUUGAACCUUUCUUGCACACCUAUAACAAACAAAACUCUAAGGGAACUGUCUAGGAGCUCUCUCAACCUUCAAUACCUGAGUCUGGCCUACUGCUACAGAUUCACAGAUAAAGGGUUUAUGUACCUGAACACAGGGAAGGGUUGCCACAAUCUUAUCCACCUCAACCUGUCCGGCUGCACUCAGAUGACUGUAAAUGGGUUCAGAUAUAUUUCUGCCGGAUGCCCUUCACUCAAGGAGAUUGUGAUCAAUGACAUGCCCACGCUGUCAGAUAGCUGUGUCUUGGCGCUAAUUGCCCGAUGUCGCUGUCUGUCUGCCAUUUCUCUGCUGGAUGCUCCUCAUCUUUCCGAUGUUGCCUUCAAAGCCAUCGCUGAAGUUGCCAAACUGAAGACUUUUAGGACAGAGGGUAACAACCAACUAACAGACGUCAGCUGGAAGGCCCUGUGCAGCAGCUCACAAGGCCUCCGCAGACUCCAUGCUGCAGAAUGCUCCAGAAUGACCGACGCAAGCCUCAAAUCUAUGGCCAACCUUAAGAACCUGCAACACCUUGACAUCUCAAUUUGUAACAAGGUGAGUGAUACUGGGAUCCAGUAUCUGACUGAAGGUUUAUCAUCCACCAAACUGAGAGAGCUGAAUGUCAGCUACUGCAGUCACGUCACUGACAUAUCUGUCAUGAGGAUUGCACAAAGGUUAUGUAAACUGUACCAUCUCAACUUGAGUUAUUGUGAGAGACUGACUGAUGUGAGUCUGGAGUGGCUGAGUGGCAGCUCUAUCUGCUCGCUUGACAUCAGCGGUUGCCACAUCCAGGAUCAGGGGCUGGCAGCUCUUGAGAGAAUUCGCUUGAAGAAGUUGGUUCUUGCCGAGUGUGUCUACGUUACAGAUAUUGGCAUGGAGAAGCUGUGCAAGAACGUGAGAGAUCUGGAACAUGUUGACGUGUCUGACUGUGUAGCUCUGUCAGACCCGGCCAUCAGAGCGAUUUCAUUUUACUGCAGACAUCUAGUCACACUGCGGAUGUCUGGCUGUCCCAAGAUGACCGACAUGGCAGUGCAGUAUCUGACAAGUGGAUGUCAACACCUGCGAGAUCUUGAUGUGAGUGGCUGUGUUCUUCUCACAGAUCGCAGUCUCCGAUACUUAGAGAAGAUCUGUCCUCCGCUCUGCUCCAUCACAAUGGCCUGCUGCAGAAGCAUCUCCAGGGCGGCCGCCUUAAAGCUUCAGCCACGUGUGGAGCACUGGGAGCACAGCAAUGACGACCCUCCAUACUGGUUUGGAUACAACAUGGGCCAAAUAGUGCUUCCAAUCACAAGACCCGCUAAGACUGAUGACACCUGGGAAGUGGUGGAACAGCACUCAGUGAUGACAAGAGCAGCAUGUACAGAGAGAGUAGAAACAAAUAUCAAUAAGUAAUGUUAUUGUAAAAGUAGAGCCCUAAGUAAUCACAUCAACCAUCAGUUUUGGGACAUUGUUUCAAAACAAAGAGCAUAUUUAACAAACCAUUUUGCAUGAUACACUUGAGAUAAUCCACACAAAAUCACUGGUUAAAUAAUCAGAUUAGGAGUCAGUUUGGAUGGAGACAUAGCGCUGUUUCAGCACCUCACUGACACAUUAUACAUGACACAGUGGAGUGUCCUGUUCUUUUCUGUUUUGAGUUUGAGGCAAUAGAUCACUUUUUGCUUCUAUAUAAAUUGUUACUCAUUGCCUUUGCCCUGCUAGGCUCCAGUGGGUUAAUAACCUGUACGUAAACAUGUGUGAUUCCCACUCUGAACUUCGUAACAUUUCUUCUUGGGGGUCAGUUUUGGAUCCUUUAUUAUUCAUAGUAACUAUAUUGUUUGCCCUUCUAUAGCAUAGUAUAUUUCAUUUGUACAAAGGCAACACAAUUGAGUAUUGCCCAACAUAUUUCAUAUAGUAUUUUUAGUGUCUAAUACAGCUAAGUGCAUAUAUACAAGCUAUGGCUGACCUGUUUCCACAACUCACUAUCACUAGAUGGUGUCGACCACUAAUCAUUUAGCAACGGUGACAGCAGCGACACAAAUCACUGCGUGGAUGCAAAAGUCGGCCGGGUAUCUCUAGCAAUAAGACAUGACCAUCAUUGGUGUCUAUUUAUUUAAGAAAUGUUAUACUUCUAUAUACAUGGAAGUACAAAGCACACAUUUGAACUCUCAGGUGUCACUCACAGUUUCAACAGUCAGAUUUCAGUUAGUUAAAAUUGAUUGUACAUUUCUACAUUUUGUGAUUAACAUUGGUUUGUCUAUGCACUUGUCUGUGCAAUAAGUGUUUGUCUUUUCCUUUUUAAAAAUAUUUUUGUUUAAUUAAAAAAAAACAGCUUUAUAUUAAAAUCUUGUUUUAUCUUUUGUUUACAGAACACUUUGUAAUUUCCUUUCGAUUUGGAUUUAGUUUUUCUGAAGGUAUUAUAAGGUGUGGCAUUGUUUAUUUGUGGCAUUAUUUUACAUCACAAGAAAUCACAAAAAAAUCUGAGCAAGCAAGCAGUUUCUUAUUCAAAAACAUUCAGACAGUUCAGCACAAACCAACACUGGUGUGCUGUUGCAUAGUAUGCUUUCAAGACCAAAGUGCAUGACCAGUUUUUUUUAUUUUUUAAACACAUACAGACUAUACGUUUUAUUUUACAGAUUAUACAUAAUGUCUUUAUUGAAAGUACAGUAUAUCCUGAGCACUGAGUUUCCAAUACUUCAGUGAGGUAAAGGUGCUUCCAGUCUUGAGGAGCAGCAAUAAAUAUCUGGCUCAGUCAGUAUAAAGCUCCACUACAGUGAUGCCGCUCAUAACUCAGCUCCCCAGCUUCAGGGACUCAAACCAGCUUUGUGUCUUCAGUCUGACGGAGUUUCUGUCUGCUUGAGCUUUAACCCACUGGUCCAUGGGGGACUCUCCAUUUAUAUAGCCUGAGAGACAAACAGUUGGGGGGAACAGGGUAAAUGAGAGAAAUGAAGUCGUGUGGAAAGAAAACUGAAUGUUCUGUGUUGAGGGUUUAGUUAAAUAACUGUGCCAUGGAGUAUGAUGUAAUGAAAAAAUAAUGUCUCACCAGUAACUGUGGUUUGGCCUUCAGCUGUGUUGUUUUCUACUCCAUGCAGAACAACUUCUGGGCUGAUAUCCACCGACGUACCACAGAGCUCCACCCCAGCUUUCAAUGAGGAGGGGACACGCACACAAACCGCUCCUGCGUACAACAGAAGAAUGAGGGAUAAACAAAGAAAAUGAAUAUCGGUCAACGGGAUGGAAAACUGUGAUUCAUAAGUUGAAUAUUCUUCUCACACUGUGCAUUUACCUUCCUGACUGUGGAGUUCAGCACUGCCGCCGUCUCCCACAUAGACAUCAAUGCCUCCGCUGUGAGAGGAAACCUUCAGGAAACUAUUCGAACCAUCUGCAAAAGCAAAGCAAGCCUCAGGUGUUUUGCAUUUAACAGCCACUGAUACAUACCAUACAAAGUUCAUUGUGCAAUCCGGCUCAGCUUACUCACCAACAACUGUAUCUCCAGACACGUUCUUCACAGUGGCGUUACCUUUUAAUAAAUUAAAGCACACAGUCAGUUUUAACAUAACUGGCUCAUAAACCUGCUUCACUGAAGUUAAAACGAUCAUUGUUUCCAUGUAUUUUAUGACGACAGGCUCAUUGUAUCAGGAAGCAAUUAAAAUUCUACGUGGAUGAUGCAUUUCCUUCAUUUCA